CGAAAUUUUCCACAAUUGAAAAUAGAAAUAGACAGGUUUCGUAAAACGGUUUUCGCUUCAUAACUUUAUCCAUGGAGGCCAGGUGAAGAUUUAAAAAAAUACUUCGGGCAAGUUUGGCUGUGCUGAUGGAAAAAUAAGAUAUUUUUUCCGUGAAGAGUUUCUUCAGUUAAACACCGCGAUGUGCCAGGGCCGAACCAGGGCCGGGGAAAUCUGCUGUAGGAAAUCCGAGAAAAAUUCCCCUAUAGGAGAAAAAUAUUCCAGUUAACAGGCCGAAGCGAACGAGAGAUAAAAGGAGGAAAGAGGACGGAAUCAAUAAAAGAGAGAGAAAAUAAAAUAAAAAAUGAAAUGUAGAAAUAGUUGCAUGGAUGAAUAUUGCAAAAAAGGAAAUAUGCUUGGGUGUCUAGUAGUAUUUCCAGGAGGGACUGGGGAAAAAAGUCCCACAGUCAUUACUAGUCAGCUGCCUAGUGCAUUUGAGUGGAAAGCGCGCGAACUGCCAACAUGGAAGCGUCUAUGGCAGACCAGGCUCUUACUCGCUACAAAUGCGACUCCAACACAGCUGUACGUUUCAAGCUCGUUCAAUGUGAGAAUGAUGUAUUUGACAAGGGUAAAGAAUUCCAUCCAACGUUUUCGCACCAGUACUUCGGUGACAAUGAAACCAUAUUUGGUUACAGCGACUUGGAAGUACAGUUGUACUAUCAUGCUGGAAGUCUUCUUACUUACAUAGGUAUGAAACAUGAUGGACAGAUAAAUAGCAAGGGAUUAGAGCCUGAUCCUGUAAUGAAUAUUAUUGCAGACAGAUAUCCUGCUGGAUUUCUGACAAAUUUAGAUGAAUUUAUUGCCAAACUCCCUGGUGAAGGAAAAUUCAGACCAAUGGGGGAGCUGCUGCAUUCAUACAAGCAAAACAAUGCUGAAUAUGAGAUGUAUAAGGCUGAUGUAACCACUCCGAGACUCAGGGGUUACCACGAGAAACUCCAGACAUUCUUGCUAUGGUUCAUUGAUGCGUCGUCAUAUAUAGGUACUAGUCUGUGUUUGAACUUGAUUUCAUUUUGCAGCCAAAUGUUGAUUCUUCCUCCAUUUAAAAGACAAGGCCAUGGAGCUCAGAUGCUUCAAACAGUUGACAAAUUAUACAUUAAGGACCCACAAGUCUUGGACAUAACAGUUGAGGAUCCUUCCUAUGACUUCUUGAGAUUGAGAGACUAUGUGGAUGCUUUGGCUUGUAUUAAUCUGUCAGCAUUUUCACAAGAGAACCUGCUCAAUGGAUUUAGUGGUGAAAUGGUGAAAGAGGCUCAGGAAAAACUGAAAAUCAACAAGAUUCAGUGCAGGAGAGUUUAUGAGAUUCUCCGUCUUCGUGUCACAGAUCUUAGCAAUGCAGAGGAUUACAAGUCUUACAGGCUGGAAGUGAAAAAGAGGCUUAAUGUCCCUUUUCAGAAAGAGAAAGCUGAUAUGGAAAAGCUGAAGCUUAUCUUAAAGCCUGAAGAACUGAGUGCAACUGUCAACAUGCAGACUCCACAAGAGCGAAUGCAGCACCUUGAGCAGUUGUACCAAGAGCUGGAAUCACACUACAGGAAAACCAUUGAAAGAAUUGCUGCAUCUUGAACCUUAUAUUACCAACUGACUUGCUGACCAAGUGCAAAAAAGAAAAGAAUACUUGGCUCAGUUAAAAUAUUGUUUUUUGUCGAAAUUCAAAGGAUGGAGGGGUUAGUUAGGCUAGUUGAAAACUGUCAAAUGUUGUAACCACAAAGUCUUAAAUUUAAAAACAUGGCUUUUGCAAUUCUUGAUUUUAUUGUUGGGUGAAAAACAGAGACUUUCAUUUAUUUUUGCCAUCAGUAUAAUGUGGCUUUCAUCUUUACUGCAAGAUGACAAUGUAGAAUGAGCAAUUAGUACCAGCUAUUCAGCCUGACAUUGUAGGAUUCCAUGCUACAAUAUUGAACAUUCCACCCUAGAAAAAUAUGAAGAUAGGAAAACAAACAUCCAUUGUUAUACAAAAAACUAUAAAUCACUGCAUUUUACUUGUGGUUCAGUAAAUUUAGACUUGACUGUCAAAAUCAGUUUUCAAGAGCUACAUAGCAAACAUCAAAUAUUAACUUGAUAAUGCUUUUUUGUAGGCAUUUACAUUUCUUUUUCAACUGUCUCUUUUGAGGUGUUACCAUAUCCCCUGCAAAGUGGAAAUUUAAGUUUCCUUCUGUUUGUCCAAAAUUCUGUGGUCCCAUGGUCUUGCAAUUUGUAACAACUGGAAUAUAAUCCACAAUGCAAGGUUCAAGCAGCAUGCGUAGAAAGUCCUGACCCAUAGCCAAAGGCCAGCUGAAUUUCCACUUGGGUUAGUGGAUUUGAUUCAUCACUUA